AUGCCAGUCGAUCCAAAUGGCAAUCUUUCAGGCUUGCAAGGUGGUAAUCCAUUUGGUGCUGUGAUUCCAAGUAUGGGCGGACAACAUCCUAAUCAAAAUCCGAUGGGAGGCCAGUCUGGAUCUGGACCAUCGAAAGAAGAUCGAAAAAGGCAAAAAAAGGAAGAGAAGAGGCGUAGGAAGGAAGAGAGGAAGCGUAGGAAGGAAGAGAGGAAACACAGUGGGGAUAGAAGACAGCAUAAUAAUGUACAAGGAUGA